CCCGUCCUCGGCACCCACAAUUCCCCGCGCCAGGACAAGAUGGAAGGAAGCAGCGACCGCCGGAGAACAAUGUUUUGGCAAUAAAACCCUAAAAGCGGCGAAAAUUGAAGGAAUAUAAGCCCUUUUUAAUCGGCCGGGGUCAUGUGUGGAAUAUUCACCUCCUGUGUUCCUGUGUAGCUGUGUUGCCUGACUUCUCCCCUGCUCUCUGCGAGACAACCACAAUGAGUAUUAUCCAAGAUAAAAUAGGGAAUGAAUUUUUGCGCAAUGGUGGCAUGGACCCUAAUUUUGCACCAGGGAUGCUUAUGUUCAGCCACCUGCCGCCGGUCACCAGCUUUACUCGACUUGCUUCUCAGUCUGUCAUGGGUGAGAUUCCCCAGGAGAUGAUCCUGAAGAAGGAGCGUGACACGCCCCCAGACCAUGAGGGUGCCACGGGUGCAAACACAGGCAGCUUCCUCCACAGUAUGGGCAUAAAGCAGGAGCGGAUGAGUGAACUUGAUUAUCGCAUGCCUGUCUAUGGAGGAAGCGCAGGGGUAGGAGGCAAUUGUGCGGGAGGGGGCGUGGGGAAGAGCGGCCCCGACAUGUCAGAUAUGGCUUAUGGAAACCAUCACCAGAAUCACCAAAACAUGAUGUUGCAUGAUCUGAGCCACAACAACGUUCGCUCCCUUGGGGAACCGUUAUCAGGAAGGCCGGGUAAAGAGCCAAAAGAGUCCUCAGGUAGAAGAGGGAGGAGAGGCGAUGGUCAGCAAGGCAAAGCUCGACGGAAACGAAAUGAUGCCGCCAAGGCCAUGAUGAUGGAUGCAGACGGAGCCUGUCUCUCCCCGAACUCCAAGCCGCACAUCUGUGAGCACUGCAACGCCGCCUUCCGCAGCUCCUACCACUUGCGCAGACACGUGCUCAUACACACAGAUCGCACAGGUGAGAGGCCUUUCCGGUGCAAUCAGUGCAACAUGAGCUUCAUUCAGAAAUAUCUGCUGCAGCGACACGAAAAGAUCCACAGUGGGGAGAAGCCUUUUAGCUGUGACCAGUGCAACAUGCGUUUCAUCCAAAAGUACCACAUGGAGAGACACAAAAGGACUCACAGCGGCGAGAAGCCAUAUCGCUGUGACACAUGCCAGCAGUUUUUCUCAAGAACAGAUCGGUUACUGAAGCACAAGCGGACGUGUGGAGAAGCCAUAAAGAAAGGCAUGGACCCGAACAUGCUGGAUCUCAGUGAAGCAGAACUAGGCCAAGGCAGCUAUUCACUCACUCAGGGAAACUCUUCUGCUUCCGGACGCAAGAAGGCCAAGCCCAAAAACGGCGAGGGCAAUGAGCGCAAAAGAAAGAAGAAUACCAUCGCGACACCCUUGUCGUCUGCAGGCAUUGAUCUGCAGGAUUACGACAUGGAGCACCCCUCAGGGUCUGGCCCAGCCGCGCAGGGCCGCACUCCCAAAUUGGUUUUCAAAAAGGCUGGACGCAAGGGCCUUGAUAAAGGCCUCCUCUCAUUGGACGACGGCACUGACGGACAAAAGCUUUUGGUUCAGAAACCCAGCUCUAUCGAUCAUGUUGACUCCACUGGGCUUGAAAAUAUGGGACUUCUCCAGGGAGCUGCAGGCAACAAGCAGGGCCCAACUACCAGUAGCAGCAACUACGACGAUGCAAUGCAGUUUGUGAAAAAGCGCCGCUACCUCCAUGCAGUUAAUAAUGACUAUGGAGCCGGCUCACUUCACAUGACAUCCCAGGGAAAUGGCGUUAUUCAUGGCUCUUUAGGCCCAGAACCCACUCUAGCCAUGCUGGACGCUUCACCUUUGGAGCUCAAGCACGACAAGUCAGGCAUUCCCGACGAGGUACUGCAAAGUUUGCUGGAGCAUUAUAGCCAUAAGCCAGAGGGCGCACACCACCACGACGUGAGCUUUGACUUGUCUGACCACCCACAUCACGUAGACCUCCAGCCGGCAGCUCCUGUGACCCCAGAGUUGGAGGACGAUUCAACAAACGGCGGUGAUAAAACCGCUGUGAUGAGUGAAUACUCAAAGUUCCUCCUCCAGGCCUUGGAGCGCACCAGCCACAGUGGACCCUUCCCAAGCCUUGGUCCGACGGGUCCCUUCCCACUCUUGUCCAGCAGCUCCAGUCCAACUGGGCCACUGUUUUCUGACAAACAUGUGUAUAGUACGUCCCCACUGGACUGUGGCUAUCCUCCUAAUGUGUCCUCUCCGCUGCCUAUUGUAGCGCCAUCUUCAGUUUCCUCGUCCUCUUCUUCCAAAUCUCACUACGGCAUGCUGGUGAGCUCUCCCUCCCAGGCAGGGUACCACCUCAGUUUGGAUUCCACCACCCACCAGCAGCUGACUCCAUCUCAGGAGCUGACUGAUCAGCUGGAGAAGCAACACUCUCCCGGGUCCUUUAACCUACCUCCCCAGGACCUGACUGUCCCGACAGAAGGCUCCAAGGGGCAGCAGAAGGGUGGAGCCCCCACCAAUGGGUCAAGCUACCCAGAACUUUCCUCGCUGAAUCCACCUAAAGAACCGACAUACCAGAUCGAGAACUUCGCCCAGGCCUUUGGCUCCCAAUUCAAGUCGGGGCGGCGGACCCCUCUCAGUUAUGCCAGUGAUCCUGGGACCGAGGUGGACCACAGGAUACGAACUCCAGUGUCAGAAUUCUCAGGGUAUACCAGCUUGUUAGCUGACGUCAGUGAGCCAGUGAGUUCAGGAUCAAAAACCCCGACAAGCCAAAGUUUCAGAUAAGGUUCAACUGUGGUGAACCUUGUUGGGAUUUUUUCACUUCCUGUCCAUGCGGCCCCUAUACCCAUAUGAAUUUUGUUCUUGUAGCAAAGUUUCUUUUUUUCUCUUUUUUUUUUUAAACACUGCCAUUAAGUAAAUGCAAAAAUGACCAGGGAGGGUCUUCCAUGGCCUCAAAUGCAAUUUUUUAAAUACUAAUUUUUCUAUGUAUUUAGUCUUUUAUUUUUUUGUUUGUUCAUAAGUAGUGUUUUUGAUAUGAGCAUAAACAGUAGAUUGAAAUGUAAUUUAAAACGUCUAGAGGGUAGCUAUGAACUCCUUUGACCUUUUUCUGAACUCUUGUUUUACCAAUCAUUCAACCGUUGUAAAGUAAUAUUGAAUAAUGUUGAUAAUUUUCAAUAAUAACAAAUGUGGCAGGGAAAGGCCCAGAUUUCAAAUGGCAAAAAAAGUAUAUAUUGUCUGUUACAAGAAACUUAUGAACUCAGGAAAUAGGCAAAAUUGUGUAAUAAGACUUUGUAUUAUGAGAUGCAAUUAGCACAGUUUUUACCGGUGUACUUUACGACGACAAAGCUUUGAUUUCUUUUUAUUUAUCAGACCACAAAUUUCUCUCUUCUACUCCGGUAGAUGUGUCUAGAAUACGGUACUGUCGUGUCAGUGUGAGAGCACCCAUGUUUCCUCCUGCAUUGACUUUUAACGCGAGGUAAUGUCAGUCAUGAGUUUAGACCAUGUGGUGAGUCGGCGUCUGAACAUCCCACGGCAGGCAAAACGUGGCCUGCGGCUGAAAUGUGCAUUUUCAAAUGCAGUGGGGUCUAAAUGCUUCAUCCUCUCUCUAUGAUGUCACUUAGAAACCGUAAGACGCCACCUUGUUCACGCUGUUGCUUUUCUCGUCAGUGGAUUCAAGCAAGCACUUUUAAAAACAUAUCAGCAUUGGAAACGGCAACCACCCAUUUCAUUUGCAUAUGUGAUAAGUGACUAUUAUGCUAAUGAUUAUUUUUUAUUUUAAGAGGAGAAAACUGUGAAUGGGGUCGGGCGGGCGCUGGGUGGGUGGUCGGGGGCGACGAGGCAUGAAUACGGGCAUUUAAAUGUAUUAUUUUUUGCUUCUUCUCAUGGGUAGAACGGGGUUGGGGGCGGGGCUUUCUCGAGGUUGUCAUGUGGUGUAAAAAGAUGACUUGCCAUAAUUUUUGUUUUGAGAGUCGCUCUUUGUAUUUAAGUGUUCUAAGAGUCAGGCUGACAUGCUGGAAUCCGUAGCUGCACCCCCUGAGUAUGUUGACUGCAUACGAGGACGUCACCUCUUAUUUAUU